AUGAGAAUGGUUAUAAUUCUUUUCAACAACACUUUAGAAUUACUCAUGUUAUUUUUUAUGUCAUUGUUUCUCAUUUAGAAACACAUUCAGCUUUUAUAUCAAAUGCUAUUAAUGUAAUACCUGUAUGGAAACAAAUUGUAGUUGUAUUAUGCAUUUGUGUUUCAGAUGAAGUCUACUGGUUUGAUAAUUUUUCUGAAGUAGAAACUAGAUCAAGAACAUUAGAAGAGGUAGAAGAAGUGUUUGGUUCAACAGUUACGGAUUUAAAUAAUAAUAAAAUUUUUCAAUUAUGGCUGGUAGUAAAUAAUAGUUGUAGUUCAACUGCUAUGGAACCAAAUAAAUAUAAAUUUUCUCAAUCAUAG